AUGCAGCCCAUAGUGUAUCUGCUGCUGACGGUGGUCUGGUUGAAGUGUGAGCAUUGUUUGUGUGUGCUGUCAUUGUGUCUGUGUAUGGUACUGUGCAUGUGUGUCACAUCAUGAUCUGUUAUAACAAAAAAUAGUUAACUUUUUAAAUGUCUAUAAUAUCCAGACUUUUAGAUGACAUUUACCGGGUUAUUUGCUUAAGUGAAAAUUCAAAGUGAAUUCCAACAGAAUUUCAAAUUUCAGGCAAAAUUAGCUGAACUGAAAGCAAAGCUGACAUUGAGAAUUUUGGCAUUAAAUUUGAAUUUCACUUUGAAUUUUUACUUUAGUAAAUAACCCUAACAUCGUGUGAAUUUUCAGAAAUGCAAAAGUGACUUUAUGGUGAAUGUUACAUUUUUAAAAUUAAAACAUAGCUAUCCGAUACAAAAAUUCCAGUCUGACUACUAUAGCCUAAAUUUAAAAAUGUACAUUUCCUGACUCCAUUAACAUUUAACCCAUGGAAUUCUGUAUUAAAAAUAUUGCCUUGAUAAAGCAAAUUGAAAAAAUAUUUACAAAUUUACUUAUUUUGCUAACUAAAUUAUGAAAAGGGACAAAAAUAAAAUAAAAUAUAGAGAUUUAGAUAUAACCAGUUUUACUUUGUCUUUUUUAAAGUCGAUCAAUGUUUUUUUUCCCCAUAAAUUUAGGUUACAGAAUCUCAUGGUACAUGUUUUUUGUAAAGAGAUAUUUGGAUUAUAAACCCCCAUAUGGUACAGAACGUUGGGGUACUUGCUCUGUUCUAAUGGCUCCCUGAAGCUAAAUUAUAUUUCGUUGACAGGUUGUUUCUGCGCGGAUGUUAUCCAGACCCCCAAAUUUAAGCUGUCUCUCCCUGGGGAAAAUGUGACCCUAAAAUGUGAACACAGCGAAUCCAGCUAUCUCACUAAAUACUGGUACCAACAAAAGAAGGAACGCGGGCUUGUUUUUAUUGGAUAUACCUAUAGCACAGACAAACCCAACAUGGAAAAAGACUUUGAAACAAAAGCAACUAUUUUUGCUGAGACAGCUCAGAAAAGUCAUUUUACCAUUUAUAAAGUCACCAUUGAGGAUAGUGCGGUUUAUUACUGUGCCAGCAGCAUCCACAGUGAGACAAGUAAAGAGAGAGACUGUGUAGAACUCAGGCAGAGAGUCUCCUCCCUUCACUGAAUUACAGAUACAAGAGAGGGGAGAUCCCCCCAUGCUAACUCAUCAUUAAAGUUUGGAGGGGGGAAAUAUCCAUAUACUAACUUAUAGUUAUCUUAAACUACAGAAAAAAGUGAGGGAAAGGAAGGUGCAGAGACUUACCAUUAUGGUAACAGGAAAGAGAGGGGGAGCGUGGGAAAAUAAAGGUUGGAAACCACCCUGCUAUGACUGAUAACAGAUGUCUGGGACCACCUUUAAUUAAUAGUUCUAUAUGAGACACACAGUCCUGUUUCCAUUCUGAACCACAGAGACAUGAUGAUGUGGCUGAAGUGGAGCAGUGCGUGUGUCCCAAGCCUUUAAGUUAAUAUAAUAUAUUUGGAAACUUACCAGUGCAUCAUAAAUAGAUUAAAAAUUGAUUAGCAGACUUUCUUUGAAUACAGUAAUUCAGGAAGAUGGUGUCUCCCAGAAUGCAAUGCAGUAAUAUGCAAACGAUAACACACACAUCUGUUGUCCAUUGGAUUUUUUUUCUUUUUAGCCCCAGUGCUAUAGGUUUUCUCACACGUAACUUGAUACCCAAUGCAAGACGUAACAUGUUUAAUAUUUGUUAUAAAAGGACAACAACAUCCAAAGUGUCAACUCAUCUCAUAUCUUUGUCAUAGCACAAAAAGAAAACAUAAGGGAUAACUGUAAAAUAAACCAAUUCUGAUAUAGAUUUCUGUCACAUUUCUCCAGCUGAAUGCCCUCGCGAAGGUUUGUAUGUGUUCCAAGAAAUGUCUAUUAAAUAAAUGAUUAAACUUGUGCUGGCCCUCCAAGGGUACGUUCUGCAUACCUUCUGUAUAGAGCACUUCAGAUAAACCCAUUGUGUAUUGCUCUCUAAUAAAGUCCAUCAGGAUCCAAAACACCUACAGAAUGAGCUUGAAUAGCCAAGAAAAUGUGUUAGGGAGGCAGGACAGGACAAAGUCUGCCAUAGUUUGUUUUAAUGGAUGUAGCCAGGUAAAUUGGAGCAGGAGGUGGCAGUGCCAGUGAAAAAAAUGCUUUUCUGAAGCAGCAUGAAAAAUGUUUGAGCCUCAUUUACUUGGUAUAAAAUGCUGGUGAACAUUUUUACAGUUUUACAGUUUAAAUAGUAAUUCCUCGUGUCAUAUUUUGCACUCAUGCAUUGAGAAAAAACAGCCAUUCCUUCCAUUAAACAGCCAUAUUUCUUUAUUAUGAGAAGGUAGGCAAUAUUUUCACCAGAACUCUGGACUUCAUCAAACCUAUACAGAGCAGAGACACCGUGUAUUAAAGGACCACUCUACAAUCUCUGCUUGCUGACAUGCUUGUUUGGAUAGGAGUAUCCCAUUUGAAAGGCAAUUUAUAAAAGUGCCAAUUUCUAUAAGACUUGGGAGAAAGUCCUAUUUCAAAACAGGCAGAUUUCUUUUUUAUAAGAUGGUAGGCAAUGUUCAGUAUGCUAACCGAGUGUUUAUUAGCUUUUAGCAUCCCCUCUUUUAUGCAAAACAGGCAAUAAAUAGUAAACACAUAAAUAAGAGACCAUUUAAUAUUAAAAUAAAAAAUACGAAUAAGAGACCACAUAAUAAACACAGGCACAUUUAUUACUUUUAAAAUUGGGAUAAUGGCCAUUUAAUUUUCAAUAAGAAAUCUUACCAAAUAUUAUUCAUAAAUUUAAUGUAAAGACAAACCAAUAAAACACGUAACAUUAUGAUACUUUCUUUACCACCUUAAUUAUGUCAGUGAGUUAUUUAUAACCGGUCCUCCCUAAUCCAAACCAGAUAAACAUCCAUCUCGUAUACUUUUACCAACAAGUAUGACUUUGUCCCCUGUGAACAUAAACAAAAUGACAAUACUGCAAGUUAUGUAAAGACAACACAAUAGAUACAAACAGAGGGAGGGUGCGGGUCCAUCCAUUGCAGUUUGACUGUCUUCAACAAAGUGCCUAAGACACUGAUUAAGUGCAUGCGGAAUAUUUCGUUGCUUUCCUGCUGUUUUCUCUCACUCCGCAUCCCAAAUCUUCCCAGAUACCUGCUAAAUCUCUCUUGGAACUCCUAACCUGCAAUCCAAUGAUGUAAAGACUAGAAGAUUUGUGGGCUGCUAAUUUCUAGUACUUAAAGGGAAAUUAUAGUGCAAGCAAUACAAACUUGUAUUCCCAGCACAAUAAUACACUCUGCCCCGUCUUGUGGCUUCCUUCCCCGCGCUGAAUGUGUUAGAAACCCUUUUGUCACUUACCUGAUUCCACCGUCGAUGUCCCUUGGUGCUUGACCAGGCUUCUUCUCUACCGACUCCAGCUGGCGAGGGGGUCCUAACGUGCCAGCUUGGCGAGCGCUGCGAUCGCAUUAGGACUUCCCCGUAGGAAGGCAUUGAAUCAGUGCUUUCCUAUAGGGUUUUAGCUGACGCUGGAUGUCCUCAUGCAAAGCGACCAAAAGUCCGGUAAGUACCCAGAAGUGCCUACCGUGGCUGUCUACCAGAGGGGUGGAGUUAUACAAACUGUUGUAAUUCCUACACCGUUCACCUGAUUUGGAAGUAAAUACCCUCAAAUUAAAGCUGAAAGUCUGCAGUUAAAGCACAUCUUGUUCAUUUCAUUUCAAAUCCAUUAUGGUGGUGUAUAGAGCCAAAAAGAUUAGAAUUGUGUCGAUGUCCCAAUAUUUAUGGACCUGACUGUAUGUACAUGCAAUACAUUACAGCGGAUUUUAGUUUAUUUUUAAAAUUCAAUAUUUAAUGAGGACAAAAUGGUUAAAAUAACAAGUACUGACAAUGACAAAGACAGACAGUAGUAGCAUUUCAUAUGGAUGUUAAGAGUUACAGAAAAUCCAUCUAAAAUUGACUGUAAUUUUUAAUGCCAAAACAAAUAUUUUGGCAUGGAAUUGAAGGUAUGCAACAUGUUUUAAAUUAGGCGGUAUUAUCAGAGAUACGUUACUGUAAUUUACUUACUAACUGAAUGGAGGUUCCCAUUAGUUUGAGUUAAAAUGCAAUAACAAGUGAUAAACCUAUCUCUAUAAUAGAAUGCAAUUAUAAAUUACAGUUCCUAUCUGCUUGCAUAAUAAAACAAUUCUAUUAAGGUUAUUCAGUAAUGAGUUAAUUGUUUAGAAUUCAAGUUUUAAAUCAAAAUAGACAAAUUGGGUACAUUUUUCAAGUUGGGUAUAUAUUUAUUUUGGAUAUUUAAGUCUAUAAUUUAAUAAUCACCUUAAAUUCAUGGCAAUUCACACUUAAUUGAAUAACCCAGUGUGUGGUUUGGUCACUUAGUGAACUUGGCAUAGCAACGAGGACCUCACAGAAUAGAAUCAAGUGCGUCUAAAUCUAAUCUAAAUGCACUAAAAUUAUUUCCUGUGUGAGAUGAAACGGAAGCAAGAGGCAACGUCACAUGAGAAGAGAAAAAACAUUUAGAAAAAAAGUCUAAGAGAUUAUCCAUUUUCAUUUCUCUGGCAGUAGAUGGUAACAUGUUAGCAAUGAGCAGGUCACUGCAGAUUUUCCUAGUCCCCUGCUUUCUCCUAUGUACGUCUGAAAUAAUAUCAGGGAUACAAUUAUGUUCAGCUGUGGGUGCUCCAGUGCUAAGGGGGAAUAUUCAAGAUCUAGUUUAGGCUUUCAUUUAAUAUUGUUGGAUGAACUAUUCAGAUGAUUUAGUAUUUUUGGAUUGACUUUUGAAAAUAUAUUAAAAUAUAAAAAAUCUAUAAUUAAAUAAAAAAAUAUAUCAGUAUGUCUAAUAUCUAAAUAUGAAAAUACUUUUCAAGAUAUUAAACCAUGUUAAAAGUUUAUCUAAAAAUAUCAAAUAAGUUGAAAGGUCGUAUCCAAAAAUAUUAAAUCAUAGAAUUAAUUAGUGACAUAGCACAAUUAAAAAAAUAUUGUGUCCACUCAGAUAUAGAGAUUGGUAAUAUUUUUUUAAUUAAAAGUAUCUCCAUACCGAGGCACUGUGAGAUAUAUUAUUAGUAGAGAGAAGAUAGCAGAAUGCAAAGAUUGUCAGAUAUAAAGUUCCAGUUUGACACCAGCAGUAGGUGUUGUUUUAUUUUUCUGAUGUAAAUACUAAAUAUUUUGUAUUUUAAUUUCUCUCUUGCAGGCUGCUGCCAGGGAGGACAGGUGAAAGUUACGCAGGAUACAUUCUUAAUUGUUGAGGCUGACAAAGAAGCCACAAUCAAGUGCUCCUACAAUGAUUCCAGCUAUAUAACUUUAUUUUGGUAUUUACAGAAAGAGAAAGAAGGGGUUAUUUCCAUGGGUUACUCCCCUGGCGAGAAGAGCUUUCAAUUUGAGGAUGAUAAAAUGAAAACCAAAUGGAACGUACAAAGGCCAAUAAUCCUCGAAUCCAGCCUGAAGAUAAGUAACCUGGAGGUGGAGGACUCGGCAGUGUAUUUUUGCGCAGUUAGUACACAGUAUCACAAAUUGAAGCAGGACCAUUACAUAUACUGUAUCCGACAUAGGAAAAGAAGUGGAGACACCUAUGAGUAA